UCCGGGCGUCAAUUAAGUGGCGGGAAGAAAAGGCGGCCCCUGGCAGGGCUGUGUUAACCCGUCUUCCGUGGUAGUUCUUCGCCCCACGGAUGGAGAUGCAGUCCAAGAAGCAAGCCGCAGCUGAGCCCGCGGACUCCGGGGGGGAAGGCAGGCCGCCGCAGGUCGCCGGCAACGAUGCAGCGCGUCCCGAGGACCGCAUGACCCUACUGCUCAGGCUAAGAACACAGACAAAACAACAACUUUUGGAAUAUAAAUCAAUGGUUGAUGCAAAUGAAGAAAAAACUCCAGAACAAAUAAUGCAAGAAAAGCAAAUUGAAACUAAAAUUGAAGAACUGGAAAAUGAAAUCGAAGAGGUGAAAAUCGCUUUUGAAAUGAAAAAGCUUGCGUUAGACAGGAUGCAACUUUCAACUGCACUAAAAAAAAACCUGGAGAAAACUGACACCAAAACUAGUCCGCUCAUGGAUAACAUGAAACAGAUAUUAAAUCUAAAUAAAUUAAUAAUGAAAUCACAGCAGGACACUUGGGAUUUGGAGGAAAAAAUGCUUGAUAUUAGAAAGAAGAGAUUGCAGUUAAAACAAGCUUCAGAAAGUAAACUUUUAGAAAUACAGAUCGAGAAGAACAAACAGAAAGAUGAUUUGGAAAAUAUGGAAAAUUCGGAGAAGAUGAAGACUAUACACCGAAACCUACAAAGGGAGAUACAGAUUACUACAGUUAUUCAACAUAUGUUCCAGAACCUCAUUUUGGGGAGUAAAGCCAACUGGGCAGAGGAUCCUGCCCUUAAGGAAAUUGUUCUGCAGCUUGAGAAGAAUCUCACCACGAUCCAAUGAGAAUUCUCUUUUGACAUUUUUUGUUUCUGUCUUUGAUGUCAUUUAAAAUGCACAUUUCAAGUGAAAUGUUUUUUUCAGUGUUUUUGGAACUCUUCUACUACUUUUCUUUCUUUCUUUUUUUUUUAAGCUUGUGUUAUCACUGUAACAUGGAAUCUAUUGUUUUAAAUAUGAUAAUUAAAGUGACUGGCAUACUCUAAUAAAAUAAUCUGAAAGUCUUAGCCUUAAAAGCGUCUCCCAAACAUCUAGUCCAGCUAGACUUUUCCACAUUCAUGGAAGACCCUAUUCUCAUUUGGGAUAUUUCUCUGUGUUUGUCAACAAAAUAUUGGAAAGUUAGAAAAGCAUGGCCGCAUCUUUUUUUCAACUAUCAAUUGUAUUUUAUUCAAAUAAAUCUCAUUUUAGUUCUAUCUCA